GGUGGCCGUGGGAAGCCCACAUCUGCCCAGCAGGUGCCCCGGCCUAGAGCAAACAGGGGGCCGGGAGCCCCGGGGCCUUGGAGAUAAGACCUGGACAGGAUAUAUCCCGCGCAAGGGUCGGGGUGCUGGGGUGCGCAGGUUCCGGGGACGGCGUCGCUGCACGCGCCCGGAGGGCGCCCUCGGAGAGCGGCCAUGGAUCCUGUGCAGGCAGCAGACCCCUCAGCGCCCCCGGACUUUUUGACUCACCUGAGCCUGCCGGACAGCUCAGAGGCGCGGCUGCAGAGCGGAGCCGACGGGCGGAGCCUCCCGGGCAGUUGGACCAGGUCAUCCCCAGAGCAUGCCACCAUCCUGAGGGAAGGGGUGCGAGGGUGCCUGCAGCAGCGGUGUGAGCAGACAGUGCGGAUCCUGCACGCCAAGGUGGCCCAGAAGUCAUACGGAAACGAGAAGCGGUUCUUCUGCCCUCCACCCUGCGUCUACCUGUCCGGUCCCGGCUGGAGGGUGAAGCCAGUGCAGGGCCAAGUUCCCCAGGCCGGGGAGCCUGGGCCCACCGUCUGCGGUUACAUGGGACUGGACGGCGCGGCCGGCAGCGCCGCGGAAACGCAGAAGCUGAAUUUCGAGGAGCAGCCGGACUCCAGGGAAUUCGGUUGCGCCAAGACGCUGUACAUCUCGGACGCAGACAAGAGGAAGCACUUUCGGCUGGUGCUGCGGCUGGUGCUGAGCGGGGGCCGGGAGCUCGGCACCUUCCACAGCCGCCUCAUCAAGGUCAUCUCCAAGCCCUCGCAGAAGAAGCAGUCGCUGAAAAACACGGACCUGUGCAUAUCCUCGGGCUCAAAGGUCUCCCUCUUCAACCGCCUGCGCUCCCAGACGGUCUCCACACGCUACCUCUCUGUGGAGGAUGGGGCCUUUGUGGCCAGCGCGAGACAGUGGGCAGCCUUCACGCUGCACCUGGCUGAUGAGCACCGUUCCCAAGGGGACUUCCCGCCUCGGGAGGGCUACGUGCGCUAUGGCUCCCUGGUGCAGCUUGUCUGUACCGUAACCGGCAUCACGCUGCCUCCUAUGAUCAUCCGCAAGGUAGCCAAACAAUGUGCACUCCUCGACGUGGAUGAGCCCAUCUCCCAGCUGCACAAGUGUGCAUUCCAGUUCCCAGAUGGUCCUCCAGGAGAGGGUGGCACCUACUUAUGCCUUGCCACGGAGAAGGUGGUGCAAUUCCAGGCCUCUCCCUGCCCCAAGGAGGCGAACCGAGCGCUGCUCAACGACAGCUCUUGCUGGACCAUCAUCGGCACGGAGUCGGUGGAGUUCUCCUUCAGCAGCAGCCUGGCGUGCACGCGGGAGCCGGUCACCCCGGUGCCCCUCAUCAGCACCCUAGAGCUGAGCGGCGGGGGCGACGUGGCCACGCUGGAGCUCCACGGAGAGAACUUCCACGCGGGGCUCAAGGUGUGGUUCGGCGACGUGGAGGCAGAGACCAUGUACAGGAGCCCGCGGUCCCUGGUGUGUGUGGUGCCCGACGUCGCGGCCUUCGGCAGCGACUGGCGCUGGCUGCGCACGCCCAUCACCGUGCCCGUGAGCCUGGUGCGCGCCGACCGGCUCUUCUACCCCAGUGCCUUCUCCUUCACCUACACGCCCGAGUACAGCGCGCGGCCGGGCCCCGCGGGCGCCCCCGAGCCCGCUGCCGACGCCGACGCGCUGCUGGAGACCAUCCACCAGGAGUUCACGCGCACCAACUUCCACCUCUUCAUCCAGACUUAGCGCGGCCGUUUGUCCAGGCCUUCAGCCCUGCUUCCGUGUCCCUUUGCUGCGGGAGGGCAGCAGAAGGCUCGUCUCGCCAUGGAAACCCCGCCUCGCGGGCCUUACGUGGGUCACUCGCUCGUCCUUAGACAUUCAGGAAGACACAACCUGAGUGAGGCCGUCUCUGUGUCCAGUGCCUGUGGCUCUCCCUGCCUUACUCUCUUCUCACUGUCUCUAAAUCAAUCAGUCUCAAUCCCUCCCCAGUAACCUCCUCUCUAGAUGUGUUUGUGUGCCCUAUCCCUCCAUCUGCCUCCCUCCGGCUCUCCCUGUGUGUCAUGCACUCACAGUUUUAUGCACUCCUAGAGCCAAGCCUGAGGCAUUUACCCGCCAGACAUCUGUGUCCUCUCUGGCAGGGACGACAUAGUUUCACACAUGCAGGCAUGGGACACCGCCUCCUGGAGCACGGCCAGUAUGCCCUGGAGCACCAAAUCUGACCUGGAGCACUAGGUCCCACCUGUCGUACUAGGUCUCUCCUGGAGCAUCGGGUCUCACCUAGAACGCUGGAUCUGGCCCUGGAGCACAAAGACCUGCUCCUCCUUGUACUCCCUAUGGCUGGAACCAGGCACAGACCCUUGCCUGUGUUUGCUUUCUGGCCCACAGCUUUGGUGGCUGGGCACGUGCCUAGACAGUGGCCAGGUC